GCUCCUGGCGCCAGUGCAGGAUCCUGGAGGCUGGCGCCUUCCCCCCCGGGUCUGUCUGCCAAAAUGUCUGAAAGAUCAGAUCUCCUUCACUUCAAGUUUGAAAAUUAUGGAGAUUCAAUGUUACAAAAAAUGAACAAAUUAAGAGAAGAGAAUAAAUUUUGUGAUGUUACAGUUCUCAUAGAUGAUGUUGAGGUACAGGGGCAUAAAAUUGUAUUUGCUGCAGGUUCCCCCUUCUUAAGAGACCAGUUUUUACUGAAUGAUUCCAGAGAGGUGAAAAUCUCCAUAUUGCAGAGUUCCGAAGUGGGGAGACAAUUGCUCUUGUCCUGUUAUAGUGGUGUGCUGGAAUUCCCAGAGAUGGAGCUGGUAAAUUAUUUGACUGCGGCAAGCUUCCUCCAGAUGAGCCACAUUGUAGAACGGUGCACACAGGCCUUGUGGAAGUUUAUAAAGCCCAAACAACCAAUGGAGAGUAAAGAGAGAUGUGAACCACAGAGUGCAUCUCCCCAGUCAAAAGAAUCUCAGGGAGAUGCCAGAGACUCCCCCAAUCAGGACUCACCCUGUAUUCAGCCAUCUGAAGACAGUAUGGAUAUGGAGGACAGUGUUAUUCAGAUUGUUAAGGUAGAAUCCAUUGGGGACGUCUCCGAGGUUAGAAGUAAAAAAGACCAGAGCCAGUUUAUUUCUUCUGAACCCACCGCUUUGCAUUCAUCAGAGCCCCAGUACUCCCUGAUCAAUUCAACUGUGGAAAACAGAGUCAGUGAAAUAGAGCAAAAUCACCUCCACAAUUAUGCCCUUUCUUACACAGGCAGUGAGGACAUCAUCAUGGCCUCAAAGGAUGUCUUUGGUCCUAACAUCCGAGGGGUAGACAAAGGCCUACAGUGGCAUCACCAGUGUCCAAAGUGUACCAGGGUGUUCCGUCACCUGGAGAACUACGCCAACCACUUAAAAAUGCACAAACUCUUUAUGUGUCUACUCUGCGGCAAGACUUUUACUCAGAAAGGCAACCUCCAUCGACACAUGCGUGUGCAUGCCGGCAUUAAACCUUUCCAGUGUAAGAUCUGUGGGAAAACCUUUUCUCAGAAGUGUUCCUUACAGGAUCAUCUUAACCUCCACAGUGGAGAUAAGCCCCAUAAGUGUAACUAUUGUGACAUGGUGUUUGCCCAUAAGCCAGUUUUGAGGAAACACCUUAAGCAACUCCAUGGCAAAAACAGCUUUGAUAAUGCCAAUGAAAGAAAUGUGCAAGACCUCACAGUGGAUUUUGAUUCUUUUGCCUGUACGACGGUGACAGACUCAAAAGGGUGUCAGCCACAGCCUGAUGCAACCCAGGUCCUGGAUGCAGGUAAAUUGGCGCAAGCUGUCCUGAACUUAAGGAAUGAUAGUACUUGUGUGAAUUGAAUAGGGACUUCAUGCUUGUGCCUAGAACUGACUGAAAUUGUGGCAAUAGUCCUAAUUGGUAGGAGUGAUGUUGCUAGUUUUGACUUCUCCAAAGCCUCUGUGCAGGUGGUAGGGGUGAAUUCAAGCACUAAUAGACCAGGCAACUUUCCACUUGGGGUGGUCUUGCCUUCUUUUGUCCUCAUCCGUUUUGAAUUAUUUAUCCUUUGCUGUCGGUUUUCUUUUUCCCUAGGAGUAUUCCAUUUGUCUACCUAACACUGACUUCAUAUAUGAGACUGGCACUGUUUUAGGCUUUUCACCUGGCAUAGUCUGAAAUGAAGGUUGCAACAAGCUAAUCAGCUCACCUUUUUAUUUUUUCUAUUCAUUGAUGCUAUUCUAAAAGAAGUGAAUGAUACUUUUCCUUGGCUAAAAAAUGCUAAGAGAAAAGAUGAAAUUGCUCUUGGGCUUAAUAUGUGGGAGAAUUUCUUGAUUGCUUAAUGGUAAUUCAACUACCUUAUUAAUGAAUGAGUCUGCUUUCUGCCAUUUUUACCUGUCUCGGAGAUGGGUACAAAGAGGCAUUUAGGGUUGCCCUGUACUCUUUUCAACAGUAUUCAAAAGGGCCCAACUUUAUUUCACUGAAUUGUGAAUUCACUGUGAACUAUGGGAUCACCCAUUGUACAGUGGUGGUCUUUUCAGCAACACUUACAGGCAGAUUGCUAUUAAGGAUCACCAGGAGGACUUGUUAUCAAGAAAGGGAGGAAGUACAAUGAUCUAACACUAACCUAAGGUUUUCCUAAAAAGAAGUCACACACUUGUAAGAUAUGUCACCCAUUUGAUGUCAGGAUUGUUCCAAAAAUACUAAAGUAUAAUGAUGCUUACAGUAUGGUGAUUUCUCUAAAAGGAGGCUAUUUGAAGCCUCUGAACUAUCAGAAUUUUAUCCUCAACAAGAUGAGGUGGGCCCUCAGAGGGUUCUCCAAUGUUCUGUAAUAGUCUUUGACUUAUCAUUACUUGAUGUGCUUAAAUUUCUGAAGUGGAUGAGAGAAAUGGGCCAUAGAAGGGAGCAGUCAGGCUUGGCACUCACAUACUCUUGUAAAGGUUGCACAGUUCUAUCUGUGAUAGAUUGCUGGGAAAAAAUUGAUCUUCCAAUGUGGAAAACCAAAAUGACUAUUUUUUUCUAAAGCACACAUUACAAUUCAGAAAUGAAAUUCUGAAUCUUUUUUUUUUCCUGGCCCAUGAGUUAGAUUUAGGCAAUAGGAGUGUUAGACUGUAGAC